AUUCUCCGGGAGUCGCGCGGCACACGGAGCCCGAAGCCGGCGGUCGCCUGUUCCUGUGCGCUGGGCGGCAUCCCGGGCAUYGGUAGCCCGGCUCCCGGAAAGCGUGCCUGGCCAUGGAGUCCUCGCAUAAAGACGCCGAGACGGCAGCAGCGGCKGCGGCRGUGGCAGCGGCAGACCCCCGGGGGGCGUCCUCGUCGAGCGGGGUGGUGGUUCAGGUCCGCGAGAAGAAGGGCCCUCUGCGCGCCGCCAUCCCCUACAUGCCCUUCCCGGUGGCCGUCAUCUGCCUGUUCCUCAACACUUUCGUGCCAGGACUGGGGACCUUCGUCUCAGCCUUCACUGUGCUGUGUGGGGCCCGCACUGACCUCCCAGACAGGCACGUGUGCUGCGUCUUCUGGCUGAACAUCGCAGCGGCCCUCAUCCAGAUCCUCACAGCCAUCGUCAUGGUGGGCUGGAUCAUGAGCAUCUUCUGGGGCAUGGACAUGGUCAUCCUCGCCAGGUACAAGGAGCAGGGCAUCCCACAGCAGCUGUGAGCCUGCAGGACCCACCAAGGAAGUCCCGGGGCCCUGCAAGGGCUGCACCAGGCAGCUUGUGGCACAAGGACCUUUACAUGUUCUUUUCUGCCGUUUCCUGGAUUCGGGGUGGAAAAGGGGGUAUUUUUAGAAAUAUUAUUUAUUUUGAAAUCGCAUCUGCUUUUCUCAGCAGGCUCUGAGGGCUGCCAGCCCCUCCUCCUGCCCGGGAAAGCAUGGUAGGCUCAGGCACGUGGAGCACUGGGGAGUGGGGCAGAGAUGGGCAUGUCGACAGAGAGGCUGGGAUGCUCCUGCAGGCUCACCUUCACCUGGCAGUGCCCACCGCCCACUGCAAGGGUACUCCAGAGCUGCAGGGCUGGACUGCAGUGGUCCCUGUCCAGGUGAUUGGGGCUUGCUAAGGGGGCGGGACUGUGGAGGACACUUCCUCUGGGUCCCCAUUCCUGCCUCAAAUAUCUGGUGCCCCUAGUGUUUACUCUGUGGUCUCCUGGGGGCAGCUCCAGGGUGCAAUUGAGGAUGGCCAGUUGCCAGUCCAGUGUGGAAAGUUCCACUAUGCUCACAGCUGGCAUUGGGGAGAGCAUGGGUCCCCAUGGGUCUGACCACAAACUCAGUCUCCUUGCCGCUGAUAUGUAAUGGCAGAGUGUGUUUGGUCCAUGAUUUCCCUGGGUGGGAGGGCAGUGGCUCUGUCCCUGGGGUGAAAUUGCUGGAAUUGCCAGGCUGAGGUGUGAGUGGGCACGAACUGGCUGCUUUCCUCAUGAUGCUUAAUACCAUUUCUGGUCCACAGUCCUUUUUUUUCUGAAAUCCUUGAAGCCAGAUGUGUCUCUGAAUCAGGAAAUUUUGGAUUUGAGAAAGAUGGUAUGAUCUAUUUUCUGCAUAUUUCCUAACACCCUGGCAGAGUCUGGAACAGCCCACCCACCAUCCAGCACAUGAGUAUUUCUGCAGAGAAACAUGUGAAUAGUCAGAUUAAUUGGGAUCAAUAAAAAAUGUAAAUAGUGUUGCCUAUUCAGGUCAGACUAGAUAAGUCCUGGAAGAAAGACUACCGCUAGAUAGGUGGCUUUUGGAGUUUCAGAAUUUCAAAGCAAUUUAAGGAGGUGGUGGACCUCCAUCUGAAAAACCCGACUUGCACACAGAUGCAUUGGAGGUGAGAUUGUUGGUGCUGCACAGGGACCACAAGGCUCCUUUAAGCCACUUCUCUGAAAUUGAUGGCUGCAGAUUAGAUUUUAGUGGAACCAGGAAUCAAGAGAAGGCGUGCCCACUGCUGCCAAUCAAGUGCCAGUCUGAAAUUAAGAGAAAGGAGA